UCUCAGCGGAGGCCUUAUCACGUUGGAGCCAUCGCUGUAUUAGCGUAUCAUAACGCAUCGCUGAUUCGAUACGGUUCUGCCUCGCGAACGAAAUUGGAACCGGCACGCCGUGCCAAUCUCAGGAGCCACACCUGCACGUCAAUCAGCGCACGCCGCAAGAGCAACCAUGUCCUCGCUCCUCCUACGCACAGCGAGGCGCGCCGCGGGCCCGCACGCGCUAGCGAGAGCAGCGGGCCCGCGCGCGACGCUCCGGAGGAGACCACUCCCCACACCACCCACGCGGCACGACAGCACGACGGCCCUGGUGGUAGCGGGCAUCGCCGUCGGGGCCGGCGGCAUUGCGUACAAGGCGGCCGUGCACCUCUCAGGCCAAGCCGAGGAGUCCCUAAAGGCCGCGCGCGAAGCAGCACAAAAGGCAGCCGAGGAGCGCAAGCAGAACCCCGAACCUAAAAAGAAGGAUGGCGAGAAGUCGAGCUUCGCGACGUGGUUCGACAGCGCGGGCCGGCGCCACUACGAGGGCCCCUUCGAGUCGCCUAUGACGCGGCGCGAGGCGGCGCUCAUCCUCGGCGUGCGCGAGACGGCCACCGCGAAACGGAUCAAGGACGCGCACCGGCGCAUGACGCGCAUCAACCACCCCGAUUUGGGGGGCUCGGCCUUCCUGACCGCGAAGGUCAACGAGGCGAAGGAGAUGCUCAUGAAGGGGAAGGGCGACGAUUAACUUUGAAUGUGUUUUU